CCUCCACACGCCAAUACAAACUCGCCAAAAUGAAACUACCCACCCUAUCCAUCAUCCUCUCCAGCCUCCUCCUAGCAGCGAACGCCGCUCCAACAGAUCCCGAACCGCGCGACACCAGCCCCGAAGCCCUAGGCCUAGCCAAGCGCUCCGUCAGCUGCAAGAUCAUCAAUGUGUCAAAGUACGCCAAUUGCCGAUCAGGGCCUGGUACGAACUAUGAAGUCCGCCACCGCGCCCCCGUGGGCCAAUCCUAUAAUUUUGUUUGCUAUAAGAAGGGAGAAUGCUAUCAAGGGAACUGUACUUGGGACAAGAUUAUCAUUGAUAGUGGCUAUGUUUGCUACGUCAAUGGUUAUUUUACGGAUAGUAAAUGCAGUAUGGCCGCUUUGGGGAAAUGCUAGAGUGUAU